AUGAACACCUCCGAUUCUGUUUACACUUGCCUGGCCCUAUCCAAGCGUUUCAUUGCAUUUGGAGCUACAUCCGGUGCAAUUUAUAUUUUUCAAAGAGACACUAACAAGUACCUUCAGGUUCUCGUGAACAAGGAGGGACCAGUUUCCCAUGUAGCAUUUGCUCCUGAUGACAAUCUAGUGGGAUUAUCUACUAACAAUGGUUUGGUUGUAAUCUGGCAGUUGAACAUUGCAAACCGAAAGAAACCAGAUUUAUUGAUCACUUCGUUCGCACAUAAAGGGUCUUGUAUCACUUGCCUGAAAUGGAACGAUACAAGUCAGAAACUGUACUCUGGGGACAUUAAGGGGAAAGUGACCGUUACAAAUGCAUUUAGCAGAAAGGUGUCAGGACUGUUGCAACUACCGACAUCUCCAAUUGUUAGUUUAGAUUCUGCUAUCGUCCAACUAGAUUUCACCAAAGAUUAUUUACUUGUCUCUUCGCUCAGCAAAUGUCACAUUUGUAAUACUAAAAGGCAACAGUUUUAUUCUGUUGGCAAGAAAUUGAGAGAUGGAUUGUAUGGUGCAUGUUUUUAUCUGAAGAGCAAAGAAGGUGAUGCUGUUAUCUAUUCAGCUCGUCCAGGAUCAAGACUGUGGGAGGCUACUCUUAAAGGUGAAGUUGUGGCAACACACCAAUUCAAAAGACAACUUGCAAUACCUGCAUUACCAAUCAUUAGUACGGAUUGUGAUGAGCAGUUCAUAGAUGCUGAGGACAGCCAGCCUCCACAAGCAAUUAAUUUUCCAUUUCUAUUGAGACUUGAACAUUUUUUAUUGACAUGGAAUGAGAAGGCUAUAUAUAUACUGGAUACUAGUACUGGUAAAGUGGUUUUGUGGACCCGUCCCCCCUCAGGAAUCCAAAAUCUGUGUGUUUACAAAUCUGAUAUCUACUACAUUGACAAUGAAAGCCAGAUAAAUAAGUUGUCAUUUCUAACAAUUGAAAGAUGUAUUGUCAGACUUUUUAUUAAGCAAUCUUGGAAGCUCUGUGCUUCCAUUUGUCACCACUUUGCAGAGAUCCUGACUAGUAUAAAGACCAAGAGGCUUGUGUCAGUUAACAUCCUCAAAGAUAUCAAGCAGCAUUUAUCCAAACAGGAAAACACAAAGGACCUGAUUGGCUGUCUGGAUGAUGUCAUUUAUAAGAUGGAGCAGAUUAUUACAGAGGAGACCAACUCAAGUUCAAGCAGUCGGAGGAGUAGUAUUGAAUCUGUUGAUAGCAUCCGAUUAGAGUCAGGGAUUUACCUCAUUAGAAGUCGCAGAGGAAGUCAGGAAUCCUUGGAAGACUUACUGUCAUCUCCAAUAAACCAUCUUACUGAAAGUUCAUCAAAAAAUGAUGAUGCAAUGAAACAAGAUGAACAAUUUACUGACAUUGAGUGCUCUAAAUCUGAAAGUGAUGGUAAUGUUGCAAAUAACAAUGAGCAAAGUAACGCUAGGUCAAAGGAAUCAAAUCCAGAUAACAUCAAUAUUUUGGAGGAGCAAGAAGUAGUUGAAUUAUCAAGCGAACAUAGAAACUGCCAAUCAAAUGGUUUAGAUUGUGAAAUAGACUUCCAGGAAGACUCACUAGCGAAACAGAUUUUAGAUUCGGAUUCUGCUGGUGAGGCGAAUGAAUCAGAAUUACUAACAUCACAUCCUGCUGGCAAUGCAGUAGAGGUUAAUGAACUGCAUACUCAGGUUGAGGUCACCGUCACACAUAACGGAACUGAAUGUGAAUUCAACAGCCCAGAUGUAGAUAUUGAUACUGAUUGUCAGGAAUCAGCGACACUGGACACUAAUGGAGGCUGUGUUGAAGAUGAAAUGACAACGAAAAACAUUGAGGAAGAUGGCAUUCAAUUGAGAUGCCCAGAACCUGCACAAAAUCGCAAUACAUUAAUUGAAAACUCUGAUACCAAUAUUACAAUGAUAGAAAAGCAGCCUGUUGAUAUAACAACUGUGGUUCAGGAUAAAAUGUCAUGUGAUGAUGAUGAUGAUGACACAAAUCCAGUAGUAGUCUUGACACCAUCUGUAACAGAAGAAGCUGGAGUUGUAAACCAUGAACUCAUUGUGAAAUAUAAUAAGCUAGAGGAAACUGAUUCAUUUGCUGAUGGUGCUUAUGAACCUGUAAUGAGAAGAACUGAAAGCUUCACAUGUUCCAAUAGUAAUGAUGACAGGACAAUAAUUAGAAGGAGCUACUCGAUGUCAAAUGCUAACAUGCUAACUGAAGUAUCUUCCAACCCAAAACCUUCCAGAAAGCAAAGUCGACAUCAAAAUGGAAAAAAGAAGAAAAAGAAAAGCAGAGUACCUGAAAUUGGUGAAGUCAAACCAAAAAAAGAUAAUCAUAAAGAGAAUAUAGAUGGAGGUCAGAGUUCAAAUGGUCACAUCCUGAAGCCACGGCCAAAGGAUAUAAUUAUACCUGACAAAUCUCCCUCAGUUUCAAAUUCCCCAAGUCCACUUUUUGGAAAGAGGUUUGGGUUGGAAUCACCCAUUUUCUCCAGGAGAGGUUCUCCAUCUCCAGUAGAUGAUGUAACACCUGAGAGGAAAGGAUUAGGACAGAGGCAGAUUUCUGUGCCAUUUGCAGCUGUAAAAGACAGUCUCAGUUCUACAUACUCAAAAACCAAAGAGUUUGUGAAAGCAAAGCUUGACCAGAACAAGAAGUCUCCAAACACAGAAGAAUCUGGAUUAAUAUCACCAGCUCAAUUGCCAUCAGAAGAGAAACUUCAGAAUGAAUCACUCUAUGCUGGUGACAUAGUGGUGAAGGCCUGUGAUACUCAUGAGAUCUACUCUCCAUUUGAAGAGGCUACCAUUUCGACAAGAUUAAAGUUGCAACAUCCAUUGAUACUGUAUGAUGUCAGCAUGUGUCGAGAAGUGUUGGAUCAAUGGUUGACAGAUCUACAGGCAGCUUAUGAAAAGAAUUCAGAAUUAAAAACUGAUGGAAAGAUUGUAGUUCAAGACAAUCAGCUAAUUAGUGAUGAAAAUAAAAACCUUAAUGAUGAUGAAGUCACAGAUUCUGAAAAGAUAUCUGAUGACAUGAAGGAAGAUCCAGGCAUUCAAAUUGAAAGUGUACUUGCUAGUGAAGAUUCUUCAUCAAUAUCUGAGGAACUCUAUGUAAUGGCAGAUAAUUUUCCGUUGCAAGACGCGCUUCAUGAUCAUGCUUCAGAGCUGUUAAUGAUGUGCCUUGAAAUGCAAGUGUUCCCUGAAAGCAGACAACCUGACAUUAAUGAAGCAAAUGCCACCCCAACUACAUCAUUUAAUGAUGGCCUUUCAAUGCAAUUUUGUGAAUCAAAUAAAGAAAGUGAAAGAAAAGGGACAUCUGUCCAAGACUCUGAAUAUUCAGUUCCUAUAAUUGAUAGAAAGACACUUGAUAUGCAGGCUGCAAAUUUUGUCAAACAUUUUUUCCAUUUCUUGGAUGUUAAUCGAAUCAGAAAGGUAAUGAGUUCCUGGACAGAUUGCAGACAGAAAACAUAUAAUGUGCUAAGCAGGAAACUGAUUGGUUACUUUAAUGGAAAUCGAGCCACCAGCUGUCAAAACACAUCAUGUGCUGCUAAAAUGGUGCAAAUGCAAGAACAGUACAAAGAUAUAUAUAGAAUGCUAAGAUUGGUUAUUGAUAGUCCCGAUUCCAGUGUAGAAAGCCUCAUCGAAUCCAAAGUGGACUUAAGAGUUUGGGAAAUCAAAGAAAUAUUGCAGAUAUUCCAUCCAUCAAAAGCACAAAAGCUGUUUGGGGAUUAUGUUAGUUCCAGAAUGCAACAAGAAAGUCUUUCAGAUAGAUGCAACUUUACUGCAGAGCUUUGUGACGACAGUAAUGUUUUCAACUACCUCAUUCAAUGCAUUUUUAACUGUAAUACUGUGGCAACCAAAAUGGCCAUCUGUACAUGUGGCUCACCCAGAUCUGGAUCGCAUAAUUUGGCUUGGGAAUAUCAAGAGCUUCUAGAUACACUGCUUGUUCACAUGGCAACAACCAAGAUGGCUGCAAUUUGUGAGCAGUAUGGUUACUGGCAAGGGUGUUUGAAGUUGAGUGAUUAUUUAUCUAGGAAGACCAUUUUGGAUAUUAUAUGGUGCCUUGGAGACAUAAACAUUUUGCAAAGAAAAGGUUUAAUUCCAACUUCCUUCGAUGAAUGGCAGUACCUGCUGAACCAAAUUUCCCGACUUGAGGCCUUCAGCAAAGAAGCAAUGUCGACUGGAACAUCAAUCAAAUGUUAUCAAUGUUUUACAUCCAAUUCAGAAACAGUGUCAACACCAUCUCUGCAAAAUAUUGCCAUUGAUGCAACCAAUCCAGAAGUAGAACUGACAGUCAACAGUCAUUCUGAUUGGUCUACUACGAUCACAUGGGAAAAUACUGUUCCGCUAUUGGCCAAAAGUAUAGGGCCUCAAACUGCUAUAGAUAUCCUGGGAAAGUUUAAAAUUCCAAAAAAUAAAAUUUCUCCAGAGUUCUUUCAAAAUUGCAUUAUGGGAAUUAUCAUCAAUAGAAAUCAGAGGAUGGUCACUCAUGCAAUGUUAGAAAAAGUUGAUUCCUACCUAUGGUCCAAAAGGCAGCAUGCAUUACCUCAACAACUCAAACAAUUUGUAAAAGAAGAGCACAAAUGUAGAAUAUCAGGAUUAAGGCAACCAAAAGAGGUAACACCACAUUUCAAAGGAACUCUGUCUGGAAGGCAACAUUUCUUAGAAGAGCCGCUUAGUCACUGGGGGGUUAAUGUUAAUUUGAAGAAGGAUUGUCUUGUUUGUGGGCUGCAAGUUACUUCCCAAGUUUCUAAAUCAACUCCAGGUCUUCUCAUUUUUCCAUGUGGUCACAUAUUUCAUUCAGAAUGCAUCCCUGAAAGGUUCUGCAUGGUUUGUUUUUAUUCAAAGAAGAUGUAAAGAUGCUAUUGAUAUAUCAAAGAGUUUUUUUUUUUUAUAGUCUGCAAAUAAAGUAAUGUGUAAUAUGAACAGUGCUUUCAAAUGUGUAUGAUGUAGGACCCCUGGUCUGCUGAGCAUAUAUUAAAUUGAAAAAAAAAACAGAACUAUCUAACUUGGGUGAGACCUUGGCAAAUUUUAUAAACUUUAACUACAUCUGCUUCCAAUCAAAUGAAUGAAGAAUAUUUGACAAUUUAUAUGUUAAUUAACUAAGAUAUUAACAAAUAUCAAUAUGGUGCUACUUAGAUGUAAUUUGCUGUAAUUAAUUUUGGAUGAUUUUAUUUUUAGAAUACUUAAUAUUAAUAGUAAGUAGGAGCCUAUUCAAUGCUAAAUGAUGAUAUGCACAGUGAAUACAAAUUGUGGUGCCAUGGUUGGAUUCAGGGUGAAGGAUUUAUUUUCUGCUUAGUAUUCCAUUGAAUAGCAAAUAUAAUAUGUGCAUAUGUUGGGGAGGGGGAGGGGUGUGGGAGGUGAGGUGUUGGACAGGUAACUCCCAUCAUUUAUUUUUAAGAUCGUCUUUUACAUGAAUUAUCAGUGUUUGUUGUACAAUAAUUUGUUGCCAUAGAAAGGUACUGAGAGUACUAGCUACUACUGUGUAUAUUUUUAAUAUUGUGACCAAAAUCAUAGUAGGACGAAACUACCACUACUGUUACUAACCCACCAGUGGCUUGAAUGAUAUAACCACACCUUCAUGAUGAGUACUAAGUUUUCUAACUCUCCAAGGAUUUACAAUUAUGUAUAAAUGAUUAAAUAUAAAGUAAGUCUACAGAAAUUAUAGAAUAAUGUUAUGUUGAUUGUAUAAUAAUGUACUACUUUGAAAUUAAUAAACAUUGCCUUUUGUCAUA